CCCGACCACAAAGCCAUCAGCAGCAUGCAUUGAUUUAAGGCGCCCCACAUCCUAUCUCCGCCAAUAUCUCUCUGAUCUCCCUCUCUCUUUCUCACUCUCUCCCUUUUGAUCUGAUCAAUCUAAUUUGAAUCACUAGUGAUUGAUCUCACCACGUACGUUAUCUUCCUUCUUGCGCAACAAAUUCAGCGCGCGGUACUGUGUCUACCAUAUUCUUGGGGUUGUUUUCUUCCUUCUAAUUCUUCUGCUGAUAUUUGUUGAGAUCCCUUCUGCAUAUAUAUGUUCAUCUUUUAUAGUAUCUGAUCUUAGAAGUUAUUUACCAUCAAUCAUAGAAUUUCAUUUUUUGUUAAUUGGCUUCUAAAAACACUCUGUAUCAGAAAAGGAAUUGAUCUCACAACUAGAAUACACUGUCUCUCGAUCCAGAGAUGAAGGGUCAAAACCAGAACCCAAUAAACUCAGUUUCCAAGCUCUUAAUUAAUUCCCAGUUACAUCCCCAUUAUAUACUCUCCUAUUUCGUCCUCUUUGGUUGUGGUUUAACGUUUGGGGUCAUACUCAGUUUCUACCUCCAAAGCGUUUCAUUUAGUCUACAAUUCUUCCAGUUGUCGUUUCCAGCAAAUUUACCGCCAUCAUUACCAUCAUCGCAAUUGUUGGAGCCGAGUUUGACAGCAGGAACAUCGACGGGUCGCAUAGGACUGAAAGAGUACCUGAAGCCGCCUAGUGCUAUGCACGACAUGGAUGAUGAGGAACUGCUUUGGAGAGCUUCCAUGGUUCCUCGGAUUCGAGAAUAUCCGUUUGAUAGAGUUCCAAAGGUUGCGUUCAUGUUCUUGACGAGGGGACCUGUUAUUUUGGGUCCACUGUGGGAGAAAUUCUUCAAGGGGCACGAAGGAUUCUACACAAUUUACGUGCACUCAAAUCCGUCUUAUAACGGAUCAUAUCCUGAAAGUCCCGCGUUUCAUGGCCGAAGAAUUCCUAGCAAGGAAGUCCAAUGGGGAAAGGUGAACAUGAUAGAGGCUGAGCGCCGGCUACUAGCCAACGCCCUUCUUGAUAUCUCAAACCAACGUUUCAUACUUCUCUCGGAGUCGUGCAUUCCUCUCUUCAACUUCUCCACUGUUUACUCCUACCUUCUCAACUCAACCCAAAACUAUGUCAUGGCUUAUGAUGAUCCCAGCAUUGUUGGUCGAGGACGCUACAUUCCUCGUAUGAGACCCGAGAUCACACUUCGGCAAUGGAGAAAAGGGUCGCAAUGGUUCGAGAUGGACCGAGACCUAGCCACUGAAGUUGUCUCAGACCAAAAAUAUUUCUCAAUUUUUCAGAAGCUUUGCAGCGGUUCAUCAUGUUAUGCAGAUGAACAUUACUUGCCAACUUUUGUGAGCAUCAAGUUUUGGGAGAGGAAUUCAAACAGGAGUUUGACUUGGGUAGACUGGUCAAAGGGUGGCCCCCAUCCAGCUAAGUUUUAUAGAACAGAUGUGACAGUCGAGCGCUUGAAGAUGUUGAGGAGCGGAAGCAAGUGCGAGUACAGAGGAAACACCACGAAUAUUUGCUUUCUGUUUGCCAGGAAAUUUUUGCCUGGUACUCUCGAAAGGCUCUUGAGGUUUGCUCCAAAGCUCAUGCACUUCAACAAAUAGGUUUAGAAAUUACGAAACCCAUUCUUUAUUCAACUGUAAUGAUUUAAUGGCGCAAUUUGGGUGGAACACCAUUUACAUAGUCAUAAUUCAUGACUUGUACAUUAAAAAGAGAAAUAAUGAUUUGAACAUCUCUUAUGAUUCGUUAUUAUAAUUUCUUUGUUUAGGAAUUAUGUGUCAUGUAUAUAGAUUGUCUCUACCUACUAAAAUUUUUCC